CGUUUUAGCUUUUUUUCCCCUAAUCCUUUUUCUAAUUCUCUGAACCUGCGACGUAAAUUCUAACCUGCUACGUAAGGCCAAAUCGGACAAAUACUGUAUCAAAUCUAGUCAUAACCCCCACACGGAUCGGAUGAUUUCAUUCACUUUCUUUUGAGCAGUUUCUGGAGACCAGAGGACACCUUUUUUUGUUGUUGUUCCGGUGAGAGAGAAUGUUGGGAUGGGGAGGAUAUCAUUGGACAGACAGGCGGAGGACAGUAGCCAACUACAGGAAAACGACUCGACUCUCAAUCUGUGUGAUGAAAAGCCACAUCAUCCGCGACUGUUGUUUACUAACUCAACUGCUUCACCUGCUACAAUGAUCAUGGUUUGGAUACGUCCUAUACCUGCGCUAUUGCUAGCUUUUACCACCACAGUUGACAAGACCAAAGUGAACCUUAAAACAAUACGGACAUCUAUUGCCAGCUAUCUGUUAUAUGCUAUCUAUAUAUAUAUAUAUUUUUGUUGCUUUAUCGCCGCCUUUGAGAGAAGUGAUAUUCUGCAGUUAAUAUCCCGGAUUCGUACAAAAAGCACACAGAUUAACCAGAUACUCGAGUGAUUAACCAGAUUCUCGAGUGAUUAACCAGAUUCUCGAGUGAUUAACUAGAUAUUCGAGUGUUAAAACCAGAUAGUCGAGUGAUUAACCAGAUAUUCGAGUGAUUAACCAGAUAGUCGAGUGAUUAACCAGAUACUCAAGCUCUGUUAAAAUGACUGUCUUCAAAAUGGAAAGCAGUCGGUAGGAGGCAAGAUCAGGUGGGACCAUUCUAGCCAAUGAGAGGACAGAUCUCCGAUAUAAAGUUAUUUUUUUCUCUCAAAUGUUUCCGCGAUAUCACGUGUCCUACUUAUACCGGUAACGUUACACUCAUAACAACUUAAACAAUACUAAACUUCUAUUCGAUCAAAUAAGCCACACCUUGCAAAUAAACCAUUACUUUUUUGUUAACCAAAUUCCCCACUCAUUGUAAAUAAGAAUUUGUUCUUAUUCACUGACUUGCCUAGUUUAAAUAUAGUUUUUUUUUUUUUUACUUUCAAAAAACGCCACCUGCUGGAUAAGACAGAUUUUGGGCCCAUUUAUCAAUCUCUCUUCGUCUCAACCUCUGAUUAUCAUCAUCAUCCUCCCAGGCCAGCUGUGCUGUUUUAGCUGAUCGCAGUUUAUGCGAUAACAGAGGCAACCGAAGGUUUGGUUUCCAGAGCCCUUAUUUUUCUCGCUUGGUAAUGGGCCUUGUUAAUAAAAGUUCUGCAACUGGCUAGUUCGAGCUAGCUAGUGAGCUAACUACACGGAUUUGUUUUGUGCGUGCCUGUGGUCUUUACAGCCAGAAAGCGAAAUAUUACGUUUCCCCGCUUUGAUAUUUGAUACUUUUAUAUCGACCUCUAGAGUCUAGAUACUCGUAGCUUUUGAACGGACAGAAUUAUUGGACAGAAUGUAUUAUUUUGGCUGAGGACAGAGCAUGACAGACAUUAUUAUAAUAACCAUCAUUCAUCUACCCUGGUGCUCCGUUCAGUCCAAUACGCCGCGGUGUGAGUAGCCCAUCCGGGAAGCGCACAUCAGCAGAGGACCAUCCUAUGCGCGUCUUGGGUGUCGGGGGCGAGAGGUGCAAAGUAUUCCCAGAUCAAUUACGUCGGAGGGAGAGGACGACGUUGCCUUGCCAUCUCAGGAUUAAACCAUGGCUAAUGAACCUGUUAUCCUUAAUGUGUAUGAUAUGUACUGGAUCAACGAGUACACUUCCACUCUGGGUGUUGGAGUCUACCACUCAGGCAUUGAGAUCUAUGGCCGAGAGUUUGCGUAUGGAGGUCAUCCGUACCCAUUUAGUGGUAUAUUUGAAAUAAACCCUGGAAACACUACUGAAUUAGGAGAGACCUUCAAAUUCAAGGAGGCCAUCGCUUUGGGCACAACAGACUUUGCUGUGGAGGAUAUGGAUAAAAUCAUGGAGGACCUGGGAACAGAUUUCAAGGGCAACUCCUACCAUCUAAUGCACAAGAACUGCAACCACUUCUCAUCCUCGCUGUCUGAGCUGUUGUGUGGGCGUGAGAUCCCUCGCUGGGUGAACCGCCUGGCCUACUUCAGCUCCUGCGUGCCCUUCCUCCAGACCUGCCUCCCUAAGGAGUGGCUGACCCCAGCUGCCCUCCAGAGCCACAUCAGCAUGGGGCUCCACAAGGAGGAGCGGGAGGCUGGAGAGUCCAGCGACGAGGACCCCAACUCAGCCUCCGGGACCGCUGGGGCUGGCACCGGAUCCUCACACAGUUGUCGCCAUACACGAGUCUGAACCAAUAACUGUAGGUCUGAAGAGAAUAGCCAAUAGGACUCUCUUUCAAUGACCUUUGACCUCUGGACCAGAAGGUCACCAGCUCAGCCCUGCAGGGGAUGUGUAGUGAUAUUAUAUCUGUGGGCCUGACUGAAUAACCACCUGACCUCAUAGUACCACCACUCUGAGAACAGAGACGUGGGACGGAUGAUUAGUUAGCCUGCUAGUACUAACUCAUAAAGCCGCCGGGCCAAGGGGACCUGCAAAAUCCACUUGGAUCCUUUUCCUGCUUUUCUCCCUUUUUUUAGAGUACGGUAGAUAUAUUCUGAAGGAAUUGUUAUAGGCGUUGACAAACUAACUCAGAGCAUGACAUGGUUCUCUCAGAUUGACCACAGCUACGUUAUGUAGGGACGGCAGGGUAGCCUAGUGGUUAGAGCGUUGGACUAGUAACCGGAGGGUUGCAAGUUCAAAUCCCCGAGCUGACAAGGUACAAAUCUGUCGUUCUUCCCUUUGAACAGGGGGUUAACCCCCGGUAGGCCGUCAUUGAAAAUAAGAAUUUGUUCUUAACUGACUUGCCUAGUUAAAUGAAGGUAAAGUAUGUACUGGGGUAGGGGUACUUUCUAGUGUCUUUUUCCCAGGAAUUUUUAAACCUUUGUCAGCCUUCAUCCCUAAUGCCCUCCUUCCAGAGCAGCUUCUUUUUUAGACUAGACGUAUAUCUGACACCACAGAGACACAGAGACACAGAGAUGCACCCUAUGCCAAUUUCGGGAUGCAGUCUUAAGUAUCUCUCAGUCUGAGACUACUGGUAUUGUGGCAUUAGCAGAAGAGGUUCAAGAACUCCCUUACUUGGCCUUCAGUUGUAAUCAUCAGUGAUGCCUGUUUUGUUGAUGUGUUUGGGGGUAAGUUAAUAUGCUGGCCAUUUUAGAAGUUGAAGAAGUAGAACCAUAUAUAGCGAUAUAUAUUCUCUGUUUGGGAGUAACUACCUGUGGGUUGUUUUGAACGUUUCUGUUAAACGUCUUGACUGAAAACAAUGUGUCAUGAAGAAGCAAAGGAUUCGACAACAAGAAGUUGAAGACAUCUAAAUUUAAUCUCUGAUCGUAUUCAUUUUAUCAUAUUAAUAUUUAUAUUAUAGGGUGUUAUUUGUCCAUAGCAUGGUCUCGUGCAUUGUUUAACAAGAUGGUGUCUUGCACCCCAUGUAUUUUUGCCAAUUUACCACUAUCGUGAAUAACACUGUCAGAUGACUCUGAAAGUUGCAUUUACACUCUUCUUCCAUGGAAAUCUUUCAUGAUGAAACUCAUAGUAACUGUUGAAUCACAGGCCUUGGAUGAUACUCCCCGCUGCCUCCCCUACUGCCUUCCCAGCUGAUUUCACAGAGUGAUUGAGUUGGUGUGUAUGGGGGGGCUGGGUUACAGUGGGAGCAUUGUGUGAAGGAAAAGGGGUUUUGUUUUCUAAAUGUCUUUUUUUGAAUUGAUGUGGAAAUGUCUCUGAAUGAGUCUGAUUUACACACGUGCUCCCUGAAACAAGGGGGAAGUGGUCCUACCAGUCAAGUCCUGGACUAGUGUACUAAACUGACUACUAUCCCAUUAAAAAACAACAUAAAUAAUGCUGUUUUCAGAUGAGACAGACAUGAGGAUACAUGUUAUUCGCCCUUUUCGGUUCAUGCGUUUAUAAUGCUGCUCUUGUAGAUUCAAUAGUAUGCCUUGUGAAACCCACUCCAUUGUAUUCCACACAUAUUCCUGGAGAAUAAUAUUGUCCUUUCUUUCUCUUCUCCUUGGUUUACUGUCUCUGUCUGUCUGCCUCCACCCCCUCUGUAACCCACAUCCCCCUCUCAGGAAGGAAAUCACAUGACCUGUGGUUGUUACACAGAUGUCUCAUUACCAUACACCAUCUCCAUGACAACUGGGUGGGGGAAAACUAUUUAUUUGUUUAUAUACUUAUAUUUUUAAAUAAUCUAUAUUUGUAUUUAUUUUUUAAUUGCAGUAACUCCUUCUUUUUUUUGCAUUAUCAGGAAGAUUUGUGUUCUUCUUGUUGAAAUGUGUUCUAUAGAGGUCAGGGAAUUGAACCCAUGGAAUGAAAUGUGUUCUAUAGAGGUCAGGGAAUUGAACCCAUGGAAUGAAAUGUGUUCUAUAGAGGUCAGGGAAUUGAACCCAUGGAAUGAAAUGUGUUCUAUAGAGGUCAGUGAAUUGAACCCAUGGAAUGAAAUGUGUUCUAUAGAGGUCAGGGAAUUGAACCCAUGGAAUGAAAUGUGUUCUAUAGAGGUCAGUGAAUUGAACCCAUGGAAUGAAAUGUGUUCUAUAGAGGUCAGGGAAUUGAACCCAUGGAAUGAAAUGUGUUCUAUAGAGGUCAGUGAAUUGAACCCAUGGUUUGAAAUGGGUUCUAUAGAGGUCAGUGAAUUGAACCCAUGGAAUGAAAUGUGUUCUAUAGAGGUCAGUGAAUUGAACCCAUGGAAUGAAAUGUGUUCUAUAGAGGUCAGGGAAUUGAACCCAUGGAAUGAAAUGUGUUCUAUAGAGGUCAGGGAAUUGAACCCAUGGAAUGAAAUGUGUUCUAUAGAGGUCAGUAUUCCAUACUUUACCAUUGACACUUUCUACAGAGAAGAACAGUCGGAUAACUUUUUCUAUUGUGUCAAUUUUAACCUCAAUUGGUAAUGUGCUUUUCCCUGAAUUGAAAGACGAUGACACAAUUUUAAGAAUGGUAAUGGAAUAAAAAGAUACAAGAAUAACA